AUGUCAAAGCACGACUCAAUUCCAUGGGUAGAAAAGUAUCGCCCACAGAAGUUAGAAGAAAUAGUUGGAAAUGAGGAAAUUGUUCAGUCUCUGGGAUUUUUCGUCGAGAAAGGAAAUCCGCCUCAUUUUAUCAUGUCGGGACCACCUGGCUGUGGGAAAACGACGGCUAUUUGGGCAAUGGCACGAGAAUCACUAGGGGAACACGUGAAGAACGGCGUACUCGAAUUGAAUGCUUCUGAUGAUCGGUGA